AGUGUUGAUACAUUAAGUAUGAGUGAGAGUUUUUCACAUUUGAUGAAAAAGUGGAUAUUAAACACUAUAUAAGUGAUGUAAUUCAUAUAUUCGAUGAUUUAAUGUUUUGGGUCAAGAUGUGGUGUCUAAUACACUUGUGUGGUUUUGCUUUUAGUCUAAUAUGAUGAUCCCCUAGACCGUCUCAUGACCCAAGUGUGUAGUAGAGUCGUGGUUUGUGAUGAAAAAAUCUUGAGAGAAGCAUACCUAGAUGAAUGACUAGUUAAAUCGUGUAGUCGACAUUGCUUAGUGUGAUAAGAAUAUGUUGUUUUUUUUUAAUAAGAUUGGUGGUUGUUGUUCUUGUUAUUGUUAUAUAACCAAAUGUGAAAAAAAAUUAAAUCCUUAAUAUUUUGUGUAGAUUUAUUAAAUUCUAUACAAAUUCAAGUCUUGUAUUAGACGGGUUUGCAUCCGGUCUUAUUUAGUCACUCCCAAGAAAGAGGAAGUCAGAGAUAGCCCGCAAAAUUUGGUUAUUUUAAGGCAAGAUAUUCAAUGUAAUAAUCUUUGUGGUUGUCACAUUCAUAAAAGUUUCCCAAAAUAGUAACAUAAAAAUAAAACCAAAAAUGGCUGCUACUUGUUGUGCGAGAAAGAUUGGAUAUGUACUAUUCUUUUGUUUUGAACAACCAAAAAGAACCUUCAAACAAUGUAAACAAAUCAAAACCCAAAAAGUAUUUUUGCUUGGAAUAAACAAGUUUAUGUUAUCCUUUGAUUAAAAUAUUUUUUUUAAAUGCAAAAAACAAGCAACUUUUAAUGGUUUCUUGCAAAGAAAGAAAAGAUAAGCCUUUUUUGUUUUUAUUAUUAUUAUAGUGUUCAUUGAAAGAACACCAAAGAGAGGAAUGUGGUUACCAAAGAAUCAAUCAGAGAAGAAGGAUGGUGGUGUAAAUGGAUUAAUAGCAGUGGCAAUAGACAAAGAAAAGGGGAGCCAAAAUGCACUCAAAUGGGCCAUUGAUAAUCUCCUCUCAAGAAAUUCAACUGUAAUUCUCAUCCAUGUCAAAGUUUUGGCACCUUUUCUUUCUCCAUCACCUUCUCUUUUCACCCUAAGGUCAGGGAUAAGUAUAUUAAAUAGUAAUGAAAGUUUAACAAUAGGUAAAGAAGCAGAAACUCAAAACAAAAACAUUUUCCUUCCAUAUCGCGUCUUCUGCACGCGGAAAGAUAUUCAAUGCAAGGAUGUGUUACUUGAAGAUGCAGAUGUAUCCAAAGCAUUGAUUGAAUAUGCUACUCAGGCAGGAAUUGAGCAUCUUGUUCUUGGCUCUUCAGCAAAAACUAGUUUGCUCAAAAGAUUCAAGGUAUCAGAUAUUCCUGGAACAGUAUCAAAAGGGGCACCAGAUUUCUGUACAGUCUAUGUCAUUGGCAAAGGAAAGAUUCAUUCGAUGCGAUCGGCUUCUCGUCCUGCUCCAACCAUUUCCCCUCUACAAGUCAAUCCAACUACUAUCACACCAUAUCAAUCAGACACAAAUGUGGUGUUGUCACAUAGUGAAAAAGAACAAGAAAGACAUUCCUUUGACGAUGGUGCACCGCAUAAAUCGCAUGAUGGAACAGAAUCAUUCACGUCACCAUUCACUAGGAAAGGUUACAAUGGCAAACAAUAUAUGGAAAGUUCUAUGACAGAUAGUGAUAUAUCCUUUAUAAGCACUGGAAGGGCGAGUAUCGACCGAAUGUUACCUCCAUUGUGUAACAACUCAGAGGCAGGAAUGUCAAACCCAAGGCUAUCAAGUAGCUCAGAACCAGAUGGAAACUACAGCUUUGAAUCUAUUUAUCAAGGAAAAAUGUCUUCAGAUUUCAGCAUUCCUCCUGAAUUUACAUCACUCUCAUUCGAUAGCGAAAGACUUUCGUCUUCUUCAUCACAAGCUGUGGAUGACAUGGAGGCUGAAAUGAGGAGAUUAAAGUUGGAGCUCAAGCAAACAAUGGAAAUGUACAAUACAGCUUGUAAAGAAGCACUUACAGCACAACAGAAGGCGGUAGAACUUCAGCGCUGGAAAUUAGAAGAAGAGAGGAAACUGGAAGAGGCGAGGCUAGCUGAGGAAGCUGCAUUGGCAAUUGCAGAAAAGGAGAAAGAAAAAUCUAAAGCAGCCAUUGAGGCUGCUGAAGCACAAAAGAGGAUAGCAGAAUUUGAAGCACAGAGAAGACUUCAUGCAGAAAUGAAAGCACUUAGAGAAUCAGAAGAGAAGAAAAAAGUAAUGGAUGCUCUGGUAAAUGUAGAUAUCAGGUAUCGAAAGUAUACGAUCGAGGAGAUCGAAGCUGCAACGAAUUUUUUUUCGCAGUCUCUCAAGAUUGGAGAAGGAGGAUAUGGUCCUGUUUUUAAGUGCCUUCUUGACCAUACACCUGUUGCAGUUAAGGUUCUACGUCCCGAUGCAGCUCAAGGAAGGUCACAGUUUCAACGAGAGGUUGAGGUACUGAGCUGCAUACGACAUCCAAACAUGGUUCUUCUCUUAGGAGCAUGUCCAGAAUACGGCUGCUUAGUAUACGAGUACUUGUCGAACGGAAGCUUAGACGACUGCUUGUUUCACAAAGGCAACAGCCCACCACUUUCUUGGCAGCGAAGGUUCAAAAUCGCAGCCGAAAUCAGCACUGGCUUGCUUUUCCUUCACCAGACAAAACCAGAACCUAUAGUACACAGAGACUUAAAACCAGGAAACAUAUUGUUAGACAGAAAUUAUGUAGCCAAAAUCAGCGAUGUCGGUUUGGCAAGACUAGUUCCACCAUCUAUCGCCGACAGCGUGACACAAUACCGGUUGACAGCAACAGCAGGAACAUUCUGUUACAUAGAUCCUGAGUAUCAGCAGACAGGAAUGUUGGGUGUGAAAUCAGACAUAUACUCACUUGGAAUCAUUUUCCUUCAAAUUUUGACAGCAAAAUCACCAAUGGGUUUGGCACAUAAUGUUGAAAGAGCAAUUGAGAAAGGAACUUUUACUGAGAUGUUGGAUCCUUCAGUGACUGAUUGGCCACUAGAGGAUGCAUUGACCUUAGCAAAAAUUGCAGUUCAGUGUGCUGAGUUAAGAAGAAAAGAUAGACCUGAUCUUGGUAAAGUUGUACUACCAGAACUUGAUAGAUUGAGAGAUCAUGCUGAAAAUAGUGCUGAAUAUAGUGAUCAAUAUUCAACACUUAAUAGUAGCUCUGUAAAUAUGUCACAUGAGAGACAAGUUUCACUACAGCUGGAUGGAUCUUGUCCUCCAUUUCCUCACUCUGGGGAGAUUAGAAGAAACACAUCAGUUGGUGUUUGACUGACAAGUCAAAACAAGAUCCUGUUGAACAAAACAUAGAAAAUUUGUUCAAUGGAUUGGUCUACAAAAUUAAAUGUAGAUUACUUAGGUGGUUUGAUGUUGUAGCAAGCUUGAUUCUUCAAGUUGUGCCUUUUUUUUACUUAUGUUAAUAUAGUCUGCAUUAAAGGGGUAAGCAUUUUAAAGAUAGAAACUCAGAAUGUUAAUUCAGAGUCUCAAUGUAAAUAUUUAACCAAAAAAGAGUUAAUUUAUAUCAUUAUUAAUUAA